UUUAGUUUUUUUUUUCUUUUAUCUAUUCAAUUUUCUUUUAUAUUAUAAAGAGAAGCACGCACCACGCGGUCACUUGUUCCUCCUCUCGGGUCUAUGCCUUCGGCGGCGAGGUUCCUCCUAACGAGCUCCGAACAUGUGCCGCCGUCUCCGCCGCCGGAGCCGCUCUCAGUCGACAUAGACUUGGUGGUGAUCCUCGCCGCCCUUCUCUGCGCCGUGGUCUCCGUCACCGGGCUCGCCCUCGUUGCCCGCUGCGCCAGCUCCCGGCGCUCCCCUGGCGGCGGACGCCCGCAGGCGCCGCCAGACAAGGGCCUCAAGAAGAAGGCCUUGCGGGCGCUGCCGAGGGUGGCCUACGCAGCCGGCAGCGAGGGCCCGGCGGAGUGCCCGAUCUGCCUGGCGGAGUUCGAGGAGGGGGACGAGCUCCGGGAGCUGCCGCAGUGCGGCCACGGGUUCCACGUCGGGUGCGUCGACGCGUGGCUCGCCUCCCACCCGAGCUGCCCAUCCUGCCGCCGGGCGCUCGUCGUCGCCGCACCACCGUCCAGGUGACGGGUGCGGUGCGACCUCCGUCGACGUCGCCACGGCGGCGGCGAGGGGAGACGGUGACGCCAGCGUGUUUGGAUGGAGGAUCGCUUUCUGCUUGUCCUAAGCGAGUUUGGAGUGACUACUUACUUGUAUUAUGUAAAUUGGAAGUAGGAUCAUGUAAAAAGAACAGAAAUUAAGGAAAAAAUCUCCCCAAAAAAAUCAACUGUUUUGAUUCAUGAAACGCAAGUGGUGGCUGAU